CAUCACUGUGGGUAUUACGGUAAUGGUACUGAUGAGGGAUGAGUCAGGCUAUAUGAUGCUGAUGAUCCUGCCAUUUCAUCAGCACAUUUUUACAAACAUCUUUUCAUCCUUUAUCAUGAGAUUGGCAGCAAGAUUCUGCAAGCCGUUUGGGGGGUUUCUUAAGGUGAUCGUUGCUAAUGCAAACGGCCUGCACGGUUGUUCUUGGUAGUUGGUUGCGCCCUUAAAGCGGAAACUAGUUGCAUAUUAUUUCCUAACAAACGUGCUCGGGGUGGGUGGCCUUGGAUGCUUUGCCUGGGAACGCCACUGACUGCACUGCUGAUUUUCCAGCUCAGAAGACAAUGAGGACCAUGGGUUUUGCCAUCGCAAAACACUGAGCGGCUUAACUGAGAUUUCAUGAGAUAUGGAAGCUAUAUGGCUAUACCAGUUUCGAUUGAUCGUCAUUGGCGACUCGACAGUGGGGAAGUCCUGUCUGAUCAGACGUUUCACAGAGGGCCGUUUUGCACAGGUGUCUGACCCCACAGUUGGAGUGGACUUUUUUUCACGUCUGGUAGAGAUAGAGCCAGGCAAACGCAUCAAACUGCAGAUCUGGGACACGGCUGGACAAGAGAGGUUCAGAUCUAUCACCAGGGCGUACUACCGUAACUCUGUGGGAGGCCUUCUGCUGUUUGACAUCACCAACCGCCGCUCCUUCCAGAAUGUUCACGAGUGGCUGGAGGAGGCGCGCAGCCAUGUGCAGCCGCACAGCAUUGUCUUCCUGCUGGUGGGCCACAAGUGUGACUUGGAGGCUCAGCGGCAGGUGAGCCAGCAGGAGGCAGAGAAGCUGGCAGCGGCAUACGGCAUGCACUACGUGGAGACGUCAGCACGUGACGCUAUCAAUGUGGAGAGGGCUUUCACCGAGCUGACCCGAGACAUAUUCGAGCUGGUCAAACGGGGUGACAUCACCAUCCAGGAAGGCUGGGAGGGCGUGAAGAGCGGCUUUGUGCCCAACGUCGUCCACUCGUCUGAGGAAGUGACCAAGAGUGACCGCCGCUGCCUCUGUUGAUCGACCAACACUUGCAGGUGUAUCAUGUUCCUCCUCUGCAAAACCCAGUCAUAUCGUGUUCCCUCAGCUUGGCAAUCUAACACUGCACCUUUCUUCCUUCUUGACGACUUCCUGACCACAGCAGAACAUAACAGUGCCCCAAAGCAUUAAUCACAAAGAUAUAUUUUAGAACAUUUCUUCUAAGCUUCAGCCUCUCCUGUUUACUUCAGGUAAACCUCACUACUGAUUCCUAAUGCUUGACUGUGUUUAAAUAUCAGUUUAAAAUGCAACAACAGCCCUGUGUAACAAAGCAAUGAACUUUGGAACAUUAAAAUGGACGGGCUUUGGGUUUUUUUGGCCCUUGCAUGGAAAAAUGAAACCAGGACGAGAACUGCUUGAAUAUAUAAAUGCAUUCCCUCCUUGACUUGCUCCCAGUCUUUUAAUCCCAAGACAGAAGCAAAGUUCACAAAUCCAGUUUAGUCAUCAGCUGUUUCCCCUCCAGGAAAAAUUACAUGGAUGGACAUGAAAGAGGAUAGCCAAUCAAAUCAAAGUUAUCUGUGUUUUUUUUUUUUUUAAACAAAUGCAUUGUGUCCAGCAUUUUUAGCACCUACAAUACUGUGAAAGCGAGGGACCACCCUUCAUAUAAAAAAAAAGCAAAGUGAAAACAGAAGUGUUUCUAAAACUGGAGAAAAUGGAAACAACUGGGUAAGACCUGGUAGACCACCAUGACUGUCAUCUUCAGAUAAAUAGCAAUUUAAGCUUUCAUCUUUAAGGGGCUUCACUCUUGCUUCAGAUGUGAAAAAUCUACAGGUAUUUCUGUCCAUCCUUCUACUGUGCGAAGAUGACUCAACACUAUGGAUCUGAAAAGAUGUGUAAUUUUCAAGAAGCUGUUAUUGAGACAAAAGAGAAGAAAGUUUGCAAAAUUAAUCAAAGAAGCUUCUGGUGAUCUCAGAACAAUGGACUGGCCACCCCACCAGAGUCCAGAACUACUUUACUUGGAUUGUGUAAAGCAGAAAAUGCAACCAACUUCUUAGAAUGAACUUUGGAGAUGUGGCAGAAUAUCCCUGCAAAGAAUAGCAGCUGUAAUAAAAGAACGGUGGACACACUAAAUACUGAAAAUUUGAGAUUUAGGCUUCUGUCAUCUUUAGUUAAAUGUGUUUUUAGCCAUUUUGACUGGAAAAUAAAAUAAAUGAAGGGUGGCCUCUGAUGUUUACACAGUACUACACAGGCUCUCAUUCUGAUCAUUUUAGGGGAAUACGGACAAUUAAAAAGCUUUGGUGUGUUUUUUUAGUCAAGUACAUCCUUUGUUACAUUCUUAAAAACAACCAGUGAACUUUACACUUAAUUAAUGUGAAAGAUCUUGUCACGUUAUAUAGCCCCAUUACAGAUGUCAUUGCCACAUACCUUUGUCCAAUGUCAGCUUUUAUGUAAUUUAAAUGAUUUAGGAAACAAUUUUAUUGUUCUUGAAUGCCUCAAUUACUGAUUUACUGUACUCUGACUUCUACCUAUUAAAGGGAAAGUCAGUGGGAACUUUUCGAAAACACACAGCUUUGCUUGGAAACCAAACCCGGUCAUCUGACAUUUCUUUCACAGUUUGAAACUGCACGUGGAACAUCUCGAUCUAUAUAUUUUAGCCUCUCACCCCUUAAUAUAUUUUUAACUUCCAUUAUCAGCCUUGGAAUGAACGCUCAGAAUGAAUCUUCUUUGGAGCUUUUCACUCUUUCAUCUUCAUCACCUGUCACUUGAGACUGGUAGCUGCUGAGAUGUGUCUUUUGACUACUGACCAAUACGUUAUUCAUUUAACAGGUUGAAAUGACUAUUAACUAUGUAUUUAUUGAUCUUGUAAGAAAGUCAAAAUGUAAUACCAAUAAAAUGUGACUUGAAAAAUUA